ACUGUGUGGCACAGAGGGCCUGGUUCAGGAGCACACCUUAAAGUUUGCAGCAAUGAGCCCGAUGAACGCAGGGAUGUGUGUGCUCCUGGCUGCGCUAUCCCUUCCCCCGGUUAAAGGGAUGGGCAUUUAUUCUUACAGUCACGCUGAGUUCAGCUACAAGCGCAGUAACUGUAAACUCAUCCCCAGCGCCCUGGCACUCUGCCACGGCAUCGAGUACCCGGAGAUGAGGUUACCCAACCUGCUGGGGCACGAUACCAUGGAAGAGGUGCUGCAGCAGGCCGGCUCCUGGAUCCCGCUGGUGCAGAAGCAGUGCCACCCGGAUACCAAGAAAUUCCUGUGCUCCCUCUUCGCUCCGGUAUGCAUCGAUGAACUGGACGAGCCGAUCCAGCCGUGCCGCUCACUCUGCGAGCGGGUCAGGGAGAGCUGUUCGCCCGUCAUGUCAGCUUUCGGUUUCCCCUGGCCUGACAUGCUGCAGUGUGAACAUUUCCCACAGGACAACGACCUGUGCAUCCCGCCCGCAGACUCCAACCAGCACGGCCCACCGCCUAGAGAAGAACUGAGGAUUUGUGAUGCCUGCAAAGACAGAGAGCAAAACGACAAUGACAUCGUCGAGAGUUACUGCAAAAAUGAUUUUGCUUUGAAGAUAAAAGUGAAGGAGAUUUCCUAUAUCAACGGGGACACCAAAAUCGUCCCGGAGACCAAGGGCAAGACUAUUUAUAAACUGAGCGGAGUGACGGAGAAAGACCUGAAGAAGAGCGUGCUGUGGCUGAAGGAUGGCCUUCAGUGUACCUGCGAUGAGAUGAACGAUAUCAACGCCCCCUACUUGGUGAUGGGUCAAAAGCUGGACGGUAAUCUGGUCAUUACCUCAGUGAAGAGAUGGCAGAGAGGGCAGCGGGAGUUCAAGCGGAUCACUCGGAGUAUCCGCAAACUGCAGUGUUAGACAGCGACGGCCC